AUGGAAUCUUUACAUGAAUAUCUGGAUCAGAAAAUCAAAGUCAAAGAGGAAUCCAUGCAAGAGAGUCACGAAUACAAAACUAGUGCUAUUGCCUGGAUAAAUCUUGUAGCCGUUGUGUUUGUCAAUAUAUCUUGUGCCUUGACGUGGAUGACCGUCUCUAGUUCACCAGACGUUUCAGCGAUAUGGAUGGAAGCAAGUCUAUCACAAGUCAACUGGCUUUCCAACGUCUCGGCCAUCAUAAAUUCACUUUUGUCUUUGACAACGGCCUGGGCAUAUGAAAUGUUUGGUCUAAAGAAAGUGAUAAUUGUAGCUAGUAUAGUUAAUACCUUGGGUUGCUGGAUUCGAUGUCUUGCUAUCGUCGUUUCUCCUGACAAACGAUACUAUCUAGUUAUGCUUGGUCAGAGUAUCGGUGCUAUAGGAGGUCCAUUUGUUUUCAGUAUUGCAACAAAGUUUGUUGCUGUUUGGUUUGCGGCAAAGGAUCGAGGAGUUGCUAAUGCAGUUUUGGGCAAGUACAAUAAAGCUUUAAUAUUUGUGAAUCUUGGGAUGAUGAUUUCGCCCUUGAUUAUGCCUGAACUAGCUGACACGCCUGAAAAUACCCCGCGAAUGCUUAUUGCUGUUGCCGGGAUUGCGACAAUUACCUCGAUUCCUCCAUUUUUCUUGCCUGGAAAACCAAAAGUACAGCCAUCGCCAAGUGCAUCAGAGGUUCGGAUGCCCUUUAAACAGGGGAUUUCUCUCCUCUUGAAGAACCGUAACUUUUGGCUGUCGACCUUUCUCUGUUCGACAAAUAUCGGCAUGUCUUAUUCAGUUUCUGUGUUGGUUAUGCAGGCAAUCAUGCCAUACAAUUACAGUGCACAGGAGUCUGGUAUUUGUGCUGCUGUGAUUGUUCUUGGAGGGUUUUUUGGUGGAAUAAUGACAGGUUAUUGGGUUGGGCGCACUGGCCAAUAUCUUAUGUUGCUCAAGAUGUUUGCGCCAAUGUCAGCCGUAUCCUACAUUAUGCUUAUUUUUCAAAUUGUUCCCAAUGGAUUUGGUGUUAUUGUCAGUGCAUGUCUAUUGAUCGGAUUCUUUUCCUAUGCUGUAUUUCCAGUCUAUCUAGAGUUUGCUAGCGAAAUUACAUAUCCUGUUCCUGAAUCCUUGAGUUCAAGUCUCACCUGGGCUUUGUGUACAACCUUUAUGCUGAUAUUCUCUGUCGUGAUUGACGCCUUGCGAGAAGGUCCUGAUGCAAAUCCUCCGUACAAUAUGCACAAGGCUACAGUUGUGAUGGCCGUAAUUAUGUGUGUGACCACAAUUCCUGUGUUUUGGCUUAAAGGAGAUUUGAAUCGAUUGAAAUUGGAUAAAAAGGAGCACACAGAGGAAUCUAACCAAAACGUACUAAGCAAUCCUGAAGAAGAAGAAGAAGAAGAAGAAGAAGAAGAAGAAGAAGAAAACCCUUCGUUUGACGCUUACGAACAGAUUGAAAUUAGCACUAGCCACGAUGAACAACAUAGUGUCUAG